AUGCUGCAGAGCAACGCUGCAUCUAAACAUACCAAGUUCACAUCCGAGUACACAAUAUACAGCACAAUGCCACCCUCCAGCACGAACGCAUCAAGCAAAACCUGCCAUCUCCUGGUACUUCCUGCAGAGAUCCGCAACCUCAUCUGGGAGCUUCUCGUCUCGCAUGAGAAGGUCCUCUUCUCCAAGACGACUCGUCUUUAUGGACCUUUAGGACCUACACACGAAGCCCUGAGAGGUUCGCCCCCGAUCACUCGAGUCUCUCAGCAGAUCCGCGCCGAGUCGCUCUCGCUCUACUUCGCGCUGAAUACCUUCGCUGCCAAGCUCACAGAUCGCGCAGCUCGCUUAGCUCUCUGCAACGUCGUGGACGCCGCCGGCCCGCAUGCUGCCGACAUCAGGAAGAUCGAGUUCGAAGGGCACGCCAUUGCGAUGAUGGGCUGGGUCGAUCGCUCUCAUUUGCAAACCAUGCACAUGAAGCAUACCUUCAUGAUUGACGACGUCCAACAGCCUUCCAGUGUCAAGGUAGCCGGUGAAGCGGGAGGGCUGAUGCUGACUGGACACUCCGACGAGUCCGUCCAGAUGCUGCAUGAUCAGGUAGCAGCUGAUGCGCAGAGCAUGGAGAGGCGUAUUGUGGCCACGAUGGAGUAUACCAAUGCCCAGGGUCGAGGAUUUGAGAUAUGGAGUCAUGUGCUUGAGUGGAGCAGACAUCUGGCGCGCGUCGAUCUGAAGCGCUGGGCGCCUGGCUUUUAG